GACUACUUUGCAUCUCUUCCCCGAAAGUUUCUGUGGAGGAAGGAUAGACUUUUACCAGUAGACAAUUGGGUAAAAAGCUGUCAAUCUGUUACCGCCCCAAAACACCGGAAUUACGAGAUGGGACAACGCAGACUGUAUCUCAACUAAAAAGACAAAGGAUAAACAGCAACAUUUGCCAGAUUUCCAUUUUUCAUCUGGCAGACGUGUUCCAUUGUCCUUGAGAGCGGUACCCCCCCCCCCCCCCCGCACACUGCUCCUCUCUCCAGCUGUCACUUGAACCUCCUUUUCCUUCUGUCCCCCCACUCUCAACACCCCCCACCCUCAAUUUCCCCAACAACCCCCUCACGGAUACACAGCCCCGAUGGCAGGGCGCCCAUCCCGACCCAGUGGCCAGCCCCAGUCCAGUAAGGUGAGCCAGUUUAAAUUGGUUCUACUGGGGGAGACAUCAGUGGGGAAGUCCAGCCUGCUGCUGCAGUUUGUCAAAGGCCAGUACCAGGACUUCGGGGAGAGCACCAUUGGGGCGGCCUUUCUGACUCAGAUGGUGAGUGUGGACAGUGCCAUGGUGAAGUUUGAGAUCUGGGACACGGCUGGUCAGGAACGCUACCACAGCCUGGCACCUAUGUACUACAGAGGAGCUCAGGCAGCCAUAGUGGUCUAUGACAUUACCAACACAGAGACCUUUGUACGAGCCAAAGCCUGGGUGAGCGAGCUCCAGAAACAGGCCAGUACAAACAUGGUGAUAGCCUUAGCGGGCAACAAAGCCGAUUGGUCUGCUAACAGAGCGGUGGAGUAUACGGAUGGUCAGGGUUAUGCUGCUGACAACAGUCUUCUCUUCAUGGAGACCUCUGCCAAGACAGCCAUGAAUGUCAACAACCUCUUCCUGGCCAUAGCCAAGAAACUGCCCAAGAGUGAGCCACUGGGUGGAGUAGCUGGCAGUGCUGGGGUUCGAGGAGGACCUCCAGUGGACCUCAGACAGCCUACCCAGACCAGCCCUGCCCAUUGCUGUGGAAACUGAGGAAGGAUGUGGGAGAAGAGAAGCAAGCUCACAUCUGAGGGAGGAGGGAAGUUUAAAGAGAUUUUCCAGAGAAAAGAAAGGAGUGUAAAAGAGAGAAGUGUAGCAUGCAAAUGAGUUAAAGGAAUGAUAAGGGACAAAUACACUGAGUGUACAAAACACCCACCCAACUGGUCAAGUUAUGUCAUGGAAAGAGCAGGUGUUCUUAAUAUUUUGUAUACUCAAUGUAUGUAGAUCAAUGGGAGAAAAACACACUACAAUAAGAUUAACUUCUCUUAAAGUUAUCACUUCCCUACAUGUUUUUGUCAACUCGGCACUACUGGACAGCCAGAUAAAAUACACUUACUGUACGGUCUGUACCUUUCCACAUUUUCGUGGGUUUAUUUGAUAUUAUGAAAAUAAAUGAAAUGAUGUUGAUAUACAGACUGCGCUGUCCCACCUCGGUGUUUACACUCAGCAGUUAUCCCAGUAGGCUAGAAACUAAGGCCAAUUGAACACGUGGUGUGGGGUUAUGAAGUUCUUGGCAAAUGCUGCCAAUCUGAGGACACAAACAGGAAGUGACAUCACAUUGGUCUUUCAGGCAGUGCGAUCACACUAGGCCAAAGCGAUUAAAAGAGGCGGAGGCCAAAUGUCUGUUUGCACAAAGCACAGAUCAUUUCUGAGAACACAUGGUCAAAUGAACAUGGUCAAAGCUCCCAGCAGUCCCUCCUAUGACUGCAUAUCAAAUUGCAUUUAUCCAUGUUCAUUUGCCUCUCAAUCUUAGUUGGACAUUUAUAUUAUCAGCUCUGCUGCACAGUUUCUGAGCCUCUCACCAGUACUAUGUAGUCCCUAAAAGAGGAAGUGACAUCAAAUGUAAAAAAAACUUUUUUUUUACCACAUCUCCUUUACUAAUAAAUGUGCAAUACUAAGGUGUACUCAGCUGGCCUGUACUAUAGGAACAUUUUCUAUGUUGAAGUUAGAAAUAGAAUGUAUAGAACCAUGUACAGUACAGGUAACCCUAAUGUUACAGACUGUUCACCAGUGAUGGUUGAACAAAAUUAUUGGCCAAUUGCAUAGAGAUGGUGAUAAAAACAGUGGAACUAAGACAAUGAGAAGAUCAUUUCUUGUGGUUUGACAAAAUCAAUGUCCUUUAUCCGAUUUGCCUCUUUUGGUUCUGUCCUGUUUUAAUUACGACGCAAUGCCCACUGCAAAUAUUACUGUGUUAUAGUUUCGUAGAAUUCCCUGGCUGUGUAUUGUUUUAUAAACACAAAGUAUAUAUUUGUCUAAUGGUGUUCCAAUAUAGCAUCAUAAAAGGCACUAUAUGCCCACUGGAUCUCAUUUCAAGUCUUGUAUUAUCAAGCUUUUUAUAACAAUGUGCAUUGCCCAUGUAUGCAUAUCCUAUAUCGCAGUCUCAAUGUCUUGUUUUAAAAUGUUUACAAAUAAGUGCCUUUCUUUUUUUUUAUCUUUAAUUGUUUGUUGGUCUAUUCAUGUGCAGUUUGAUAAUACAUCAUUGAUGUGAUAAGAUAA